AUGGUCGGCCCGGAAGGCCGUGGCAAGACAACGCUGCUGAAGGAGCUUAUGAAACAGGGGCAAAUCCCAGGCCCGUAUGACUUACGUUACGCAUACUACGACUUCGGCGCAAAUGCGAACCACAACUUCCAGGUCAUGGUGACGCAAUGGUCAUCUUCUCUGAUAUCGCAAAACCCGCUUGUCGGCAAGAUCGAGCACGACGAAUGCUCUAAGGUCUUCGAUGCGGUCAACGGUGAACAUGACAUCCUGCAGAUCACCGGUGCCACGUGGCACGACACCUGUCUUCUGCUCCUGAAGCAUGCACCAGCCACGCUCGGUAUCCACAACGUUUCCGCGGUCGGGAGCACCGAGCCGUUCUUCUACGGACUAUAUGCCGUCGGCAUCAUCGCAGAGAAGGCGGAGAUAGAAUCGCGAGGCGAGGCUAACCCGAGCUCGUUGCUCACUGGCACCUGGGCCACGAAGUAUCUGCUCAAAGCGUGCUCAGCAUUAUCGCAACUUCACAGAUCUAGGCUGGUGUUGUGCUUUGAUGGCGUACACCAUCUCACAAGGUCGCCAUUCUUGAACGACCGUGGAGGCAGAUUCCUCCACCAGCUGCUGUCCGGUAUGCAGGCCAACAAUCUGCACUCCGUGCUCAUUUCUGACGACUGCGUGUCCACCAUGCCACUGGUUGAUGAGCGGUUGUCGGCCAAGUUGGACGACGUGUCCAUGCAGCCCAACGAGCCACCGUCGGCUGAGGCAACCGUCGACCGGUCGUCUCUCGUGUGGUUGGAUGUCCCGGAGUUGGAGCCUACUGUCGCUCGCGCGGCACUCAAGCAGGGCAUUUGGAACUGCGAUCGCGUGGUUAAAGCGCUGAUGAAAGUUAGUGGCGGCAACAUGAAGUUGCUGAGUAAUCUCGUACGGUCAUACCGUGAGAUGGAGCUGUCGCUGGACCUGCCCGCGGUACACCAGAUUCUGGCCGGUUCUGUAAGUCCUGUGGACGACGAGUAUUUCCCUCUCAAAGGAACCGUGGAAGAGCAGGCCCGGUACCUGCAGGAGGAGCGCUGCAAAAUGUUCGUGCGCAACGUCCACAACGCCGCGUUGGCGACCGAAGUGGGACAGUUCGAGAACUUGAUGAACCGCUUCCUCAGCCUGCCUGCGAUGGAGGCAGUACGCCACCGGUUGAAUAACAAUGUGCAUUUCUGGGUGACGGUGUCGGAAACCGUUCGCUACCUGCUAAGCAAGCCGAUGCUCCAGCUGCGCCCCGGGGCGACCAUUGACAACAAGGUGGUGCUUUCGCUUAUAUCUACAGGCAUAUUGCACCUCAACGUCCAGCAUCGCACUCUCGAGUUCAAGGACUCUUUGACGCGGUUCCUCAUAGAGGCGUUCAUCGACAACGAGUACGAGUCGCUAUCGUGGAUUGAGCAGAUCGAGUACAAGGCCAACUACCUGCUGAACCAGCGCACCAUAUAUGGCGAGACUGACCGCUUCUUAUUAUGA